UGUGCCUCCUCUCCGGUAGGUGGCGGCAGAGCUGUGGGUGGAGCCGCAGAUCCCGCAGCGAGGAAGACGCUCCGCUCUGACUCUCCAGCGCCACUUUUGAUCGCUCGAUGCUUCGCGUCGUCAACAACAACAAGCAGUGACGCUGUCCCGGUGGUUAAUGGACGCUGAGCCACGGAGACAGAGGCUCCAGCUCCGUGUGGAAGAUCAAAGAUGGUUCAGGACAGUGCUCAGAUUCGGCGGCAGGGGGCCCAGGACUUUAUGGCGUACUAUGACUUUGUCUGUGCCAGACAGGAAUCAGUCCCUUUCCCCGUUAUCAAGAUGAACCUUGACAAAGGGAUGCUGGACUUUAAUGGAGACAGGCUCAAAGUGACAGAUUGGCCGCCCGUUCUCGCCUCUAUCUCCAUCAACAAACACCUGCACCACAUUGCUGUUAGCAGCACUUACCAAGCUAGUCUGGGUUCUGGAGCUGCAGAUAGAAGGUACUAUAAGUCCAGCUUCAAGAAGAAGAUCCCAGCCAUUCUCUCUAAGGACAUGACAUUAAAGUUGUGCAAAGCACUUAGAGAGUGUCUGAUUGUGUCACCCAACCUCAAGACUCUGCAUCUUAACAGACUUCCACUGAGAGAGCGGGACCUCAUAACAUUGACAAAGGGUUUGGCAAAAAGUAUUUCCUUGGAAAAUCUAUCCCUCGCCAAUUGUCCAAUAUCUGAUGAGGGCUUAGAGGUGAUUUGUCAAAGUGUUAAGUACUCAUCCAGCAUCAGGACGGUGGAUUUUACAGGAUGCAAUCUCACCUGGAGAGGAGCAGAGCAUAUGGCCAACAUAAUCAAGCAUCAGGGAAUGCAGAGGCAUGGUACUGCAUGGGCGGAGUCUUUGAGGUAUCGGCAGCCACAUUUCGAGGGAAUGGGAGGUCUCCGCCGAGUCACCCUCAACUGUAACACUUUGAUUGGGGACCGAGGUGCUGCUGCUCUUGCACAAGAAUUGGCUGAGGACCUCUGGGUUAAAGCCGUGGACCUACAGAGAUGUGGUCUGUCCAACGAAGGAGCUCAUCGUUUGCUGCAGGCCUUAAAAACAAAUUCUUCUCUUUGUGUACUGGAUAUCCGUAGUAACCCUUUAGUUGACAAGGUCCCCAUUAAAACGAUAAUAGAGAAAGUACUGAUGAACGCUAAUGGACAGUCACUAGAGUACUGUUGGAUCGAGCCUGCAACCACUGAGCCACAGAGAGCUGCUGGUCCAAAGAGACAGUCAGUGAGAAGAAAAGCUACAUUUAGGAUAGCUGCUUCUAAAGGAACACCUGGAGGACAGAGUUCAGCUGCUGCUCAGACACAGAAGCCUCAUUCCCGUUCGAGUUUCAUUCCUUGGCGUACUGCUGCUCGAGCUGGACGACAGAGAGGUCUGCCUCCUGGGGGAACUGUGACAGACCAAAGCUUCCAGGGUGGAGCUACUGUGAAGGUUACUGUGGAUUCCAAUUCAGAGGGAGAGGAGGAGGAGGAAGAUGAGGAGGAAGAUGAGGAGGAAGAGGAAGAGGCAGAAGUUGUGGUGGAAGUGGAGCAGAGACCAUCUUCUUUAAAUCUCCAGGACAGGAUCACUGAACGGCAGUUUAAACGUUUACAGAUGGAGCUGAAAGAGUGUCGCCUGAGUCUGGCAGAGGAGCGCAGAGCCGGACGGAGAGCUAAGUCGAGGCUCUUGGAGUAUGAGUUGGAGAAUGCUCGUCUUCGUGAUGCCAACCGCUCCCUGUCAGAGGUGCUUGCAGCCACUGGCUCUAGAUCUGCACCCCCUGCCGUCAGUGUUCUUGAAGACGAGGCUGUACUCCAGAGUAUUGAGGGCUCAUUUAGCAAGUUCCAUGCUUUCUUGGAUCUCCUCAGGGACGCUGGCCUUGGUCAGCUCGCUUCGAUUGCUGGAAUCGACAAGACAGAUUUCCAACCUGUGGGACAACCUCAGCUCUCCUCUACUUUAGGAACACGUUUGGAUGCUGCACCAUCAUUGUCCAGACGGGAUGUUCCGGAUGUUCAGGCAAAGACUGAUGCCUUCUCUUUGGAAAGCUACGCCCCGCCUGCUCCCCCUGGUGCUGCAGCUGACACCACCACACCCAGAUCCUCAUCCUCUGUCCGGGGGUCCUUGUACGACAACAGGCUACUUGAUGUGACCUUCAAUAAAGCUUCAGUAGAACCUCGUGUAGGUGGAGAAGAGAAACCAGAUCAAUAUUCCAGGCCUGACACUGAGUAUGACUCAGGUUCUGAGCACAGUUCCCGAAACCAAAAGUUAUUUGGAGACAUUUUCUAGGGUAAACAAAGGAAGCUCGACAGCAACAGCAACUCUCACCGGAGCAACUCACAUCACAGAAACGGUUCCCAUGGAUACAGCAAUGCUCAAAGUCACAGUUCCCAUAGCAAUGGGUCUCACGGUGGAAUAUGUGUUAUAUCGAAGGUUAGUGACAAGGCAGAGUCAGUGGGAUCAGUGGAAAGGGAAGGUUAGUGACUACAGGUCAGUCUCGGUCAGAGGAGAAAGCUUAUCUUGGGAGGGAGAGUCUGGAGCAGAUCAGGUCUCUGGGUGGUUCAGGAGGGCACUUAGUAAAUGAUCUUUCUGACCAGUGGAAUACAAAAAGUUUGUAAGGGUCUGUUCUCGUCUUCAUCUCUUCAAUGUUCUCUCUGUUACGUCUUUGUUCACUUUUAUGAAUGACUGUGAUGGAGAUUUAAUUCACAUUUCCUUCACUGUAGAUCACAACACCAGAAUUAUUACUGAGUUAUUCAUGUUUCUGUGGCGCACAUGAGAAGUCAGUUAAACAUCUUGCUGCAUCUAAGACAAAGCAGGGGUUCAAGUGAAAUCCUGUGAAAUUUAAAAGUAUGUAUAUUUGUAUAUUUUUGUAUUCUCAUUUUACUGUUUGUUAUAGAGAUAUUCUGCACUUAGUAGGUUUGUACAACAUCUUAUCAGGUUUAGAUUAUGUUUCUCUUCAAUCUUCUUUCACUCCAGAGUCAACGAAAUGUAAUAAAUGCACCUUUAUGGUGAAUCCGUAUUUCCCCAGUUUACGUCACAAUUUCACAUUUUAAGGUUUUAUAUGCUUAAAUAUAACUUUUUAACAGUUUAUGCCUUAAACGUGCAGUGCCAAGAACUAACACUGAUCAAUAAUACUCUGCCACAUCAUCUAAAAAUGGCUGCUUACUUGUUAAACAUGUAGGUUAUACUCGCAUUUGUUGUCAAGUCAUGUGUCAAUAAAAGUUUCC